AUGUCUUUACAGUCAAAAGUAACAUUUUGGUGUGGAAAGAGAGAAACCAGCGACUCUGGGUUGGUAAGGCAAGGACUGUGCAACAGACAUAGUGUGACACCUAGAUUGGGGAGACAGGUUAAGCCGUGGUGUCCUCCUCCUGCAGGAUGGCUUAAGGUGAAUAUCGAUGGUGCCUUUGAUCAAGGCACACGUCGGGGUGGGUUAGGGAUAGUAGUAAGGGAUACUGAUAGCAUGGUGGUGGCAGGUGCUUGUGGUCAGUGGUCUGAUGUGUUGCAGCCAAUAGUAGUGGAGGCCUUGGCAAGUAGGUUAGCUUGCAAGCUAGUGGAGGAUAAUUCUCUAGCUCCAGUUAUUUUUGAAUCAGACUGCCUGCAGUUGGUUCAAGCCAUCCAAACUGAUGGAGAUGAUACCUCGCAGUUGGGUAGAAUUAUUGAUGACAUUUCUUUGUCUAUUUCUUCUUUAGCAGGUUCUUUUUUCUCUCAUGUUUAUAGAGAGUCAAAUAUGCUAGCUCACAAGCUAGCUAAGUUUGCUUUGGCUUCAGGAUUGCAGGUUUCUUGGAGUGGGCAUGUCCCUCCAGAACUUAGCAAUUUCUUUUGUAACAAUUAG